AUGUCAACUACCAAGACUGCGUCAAACGAAGUCCUCGAUUCUGAACUCUUGGAACGAGUGAAGAAAGCCGUCGAAACAGCCAGCCGGCACUCCGCCGACAAGGACGGGUUCAGGACUUACGCCAUGAACAAUUUGCACGAGGUCGCCCAUGAGCUCUCGGUACUCGCAACUACAAGAUCGAUUCUGCCUCCCCGCCCUAUCCUCCAAUUGAGCGAUGGCAUGAGGGGUAUUGUCCGCAGGAUGCAAGCCAUCAUCGAGGACAAACCGGCAGACAUGACAAACAAGCUCCAAGUGUUGUCCAAACAACUUCGUAACAUGGCAGUUGGCCCGUAUUCAAGCUCCCAGGGCAAUGGCAAACUAUGGGUACCCGAGAUAUAUCUCGCAACAUCCAAGAAGAAGAAAAGCCAACUGCUAGCCGAGCAAGAUGCCAGCUUGCCAUUACCCAGCGAGAUUCACUAUGAUACCAACGAGCCCGACUUUGACGAUAUGGUGUCAGAGGCUGAACCCGAUGAGUACGACGAGGACAACUCCGAGGACGAGCGGAACGUUGUUCUGACUAGGGAAACACGAGUUCCCAUUCAGCUCAUCAGACAGCUCAUCAGACAGCUCAUCAGACAGCUCAUCAGACAAUUGAGGAGUGACACAUACGGAGGACGCUACGUGAUUGUCGUGGGCUUUUUAUGCGGUUGCCCUCCCCUCGUCUGCCUCCGGUUUGUCGAUGAGAACACGAUGAAGGACAAGGUGCUGCUAUGCGCGUUACUGGCGGUCACGGGGCUCUUUGUGGGCAUGACGUUCGCGCCGGUCAUGGCAGAGGUAUCGGCUGUCGCUGAGGCCAAGGAAAGAAAGAUGAUCGCAGAUGGACGCCCAGGAUUCGGCAAAGGCGGUGCAUUUGCGCAGGCUUACGCACUGUACAACUCUGCGUUCGCUGCCGGCUGCAUGGCGGGACCUCUGUUGGCCGGGUUUCUUGCGGAGGACAGCGGCUGGGGGACUAUGGCGGCCGUCUUGGGCGCGCUGUCUGCUGUCACUGCCGUCCCGGGUUUUCUCUGGCUAGGUGGAUGGGUGCUAGCAAAGAACUAG